CUCCCACUCAAAAAUUCAGAGAGCGCGAAAAUGGCCCAAGCGGCGAGGCUCAGCCUCCGACUGCAGAAAGAGCUCAAGCUCCUCCUCUCCGACCCUCCUCCCGGCGCGUCCUUCCCACUCCUCUCAUCUUCCUCCUCCUUAUCCACCAUCCACGCCCAGAUUCAAGGCCCGGAAGGAACCGUCUACGCCGGUGGGCUGUUCAACAUCAAGAUCCAGAUACCGGAAAGGUACCCGUUUCAGCCUCCAAGUGUGACAUUUGCAACGCCGAUUUAUCACCCGAAUAUCGACACCGGUGGCCGGAUCUGCCUUGACAUUCUCAAUCUUCCUCCUAAGGGAGCGUGGCAGCCGUCGUUGAACAUUUCGACUGUGCUCACGAGCAUCGGUUUGUUGUUGAGUGAACCGAAUCCUGAUGAUGGCCUUAUGUGUGAGGCGAGUAGGGAGUUCAAGUACAAUAGACAAUCAUUUGAUCAGAAAGCUAGGUCUAUGACUGAGAAGUAUGCCCAUGCUGCAGCUAGUGGGAGUUGUGUUUGUGAUGGCCAAUUUCAAAGCCUUGGAAAUUUAAGCAUGGUGCAGCUGGAGGUUAAAACAUCUAGCCAUGGCUUAAAACAUGAUGUAAAUCAGUCUGUAACAAGUCAUAAGAAGUUAACUGGCAUUAGUAGGAAGCUGUCACUGGAGUCCUCAGUCCCGGCAUGUAAAAGAGAUGCUCACAAGGAAGGCAGGGAAGCGCCUAAUGACCAGAUGGAAGUUGAAGGAACAGAAAGGUUGCUGAAAGAUAAUCCUAACAAGUGCAAUCUAAGUCAGGAGAUAAUAUGUGGGAGCAGAAGGAAGUUAUCACUAGGAGCCCUGAGCCAAUCUCAGGAGAAAAGUGACAAUGACAUAGAGAACAUAGAUCACUGUCGAUCAGUGGGACAGCAAAACCUUCCCGUGCCAUCUUCAGCGUCAGUGGUUCUGCUAUCUGGAAACACUUACAAGGAAGGACUUAAUCCGAGUCAAGACGGUAAAUUUGUAGGUCACAACAUCAACUUGGGAUCAAAGAGGCUGAGGCAGUUUGGGAACAUGCAGUCAUUGGGUUCAAUCAACACAUCCCAAGUAAUUGGUGAAAAUAGAGAUGAAAUGAUUGUUACCCCUCAACCGCCACCUCCUCAUUCCCAUACCAAUGUGUUAUCUGAGCCUUUGCCAGCAACCUCAGCUCUUGAAAGUGUUAAACACCUACCAAGUAAAGAUACGGUAGAUGAAAUGGGACACAACUCUACUGAUACAAGUCGCAAGAGGCUUUGUUUAGCUGGAAAGAAGCUUUCACUUGGAUUUAGAGGCUCAUCACAUAUGCAGGGAAAGGACAACAAGGAGAAUGUGUUGCCACAGAUGAGCAAGUAUACUGGCAGUGGAGCAACGGAUGGUGGUGAAAAUGCAAUGCAUAAAAAAAUUGGGAUUGCUCAGUUGGAAGAGAACAGCAGCAAUAUGCUUCAAAAUUCCCACAGUGUCUCUUCAAAUCCAUCCAAGUUCCUUCCAAAGCAACACCAGGACUUCAGGCCAGCUGAGAAGCAGCACCAAGACUACCCUGACAUUAUUGGAGCAACUAAGCAAACGAAAGCUGAAGAACCAGUAAGACGUGAGUCGGAGUCAGUAAUCGUGUUGGACAGUGAAGACAGCGAGGAAGAAAACACUGGACGUGUGAAAUCUAAACCAGUGCUAGCACGAAAGCGCCUGGGAAGGUGGAGAGUAAGAGCCUGAAAAGUGAAAACCGACAGACUCCAUUUCAA